AUUCAAUUCAUUCACAGUUAUCAUUCUUGUAUCAUUCACUGGAUAUAAAAAGAAGAAAAAAAUUAUUUCCGCCGAAGAUGGGAAAAUAGAUGUAGUAAAUUAGUACUGUAGUAAAAGGCAACCAAAGCCAAUUUUAACCGUGUUUUGCCCUCUUAUAAUGAUCAGUUGAGUUCGAGUUCCGCAGUUAAGUUGAAGUAGAAACCAAACCGGUGGGUAUGGCAAGGUCUUGUUGGCAUAAACUCAAGACGGAAUGUUGUUUCGAUCUGGCUCGUCGCCUUUCUUCAUCAGCCUCUCUCCCUCCCCCUCCUCUUUCCUCUUCCCGAAGGGUAGUGGUCACUGGGCUUGGAAUGGUUACGCCACUUGGCUGCGGUGUAGAAACAACAUGGAAACGUUUGAUAGAAGGCAAGUGUGGGAUAAGGGCAGUAACCCCAGAAGAUCUAAAGAUGAGUGCUUUUGAUAAAGAAACUCAGAUGCUUACCUUCGAUCAGUUAACUUCUAAAGUUGCUGCAAUUGUGCCGUGUGGGACUAAUCCUGGUGAAUUCAAUGAGGAGCUUUGGCUUAAUUCUAGGGAACAUCGAUCAGUUGCAAGAUUUAUAAGCUAUGCAUUAUGUGCUGCUGAUGAAGCUUUAAAAGAUGCAAAAUGGGUACCCACUGAGCAGGAACAGAUGGAAAGAACGGGAGUCUCUAUAGGUGGUGGGACUGGAAGUAUCAGUGAUAUAUUGGAUGCAGCACAAAUGAUUUGUGAGAAGCGUCUUCGUCGACUAAGUCCAUUUUUCAUUCCAAGGAUACUAAUCAACAUGGCAUCCGGUCACGUGAGCAUGAAAUAUGGAUUCCAGGGACCAAACCAUGCUGCAGUGACUGCUUGUGCAACUGGGGCUCAUUCUAUUGGUGAUGCCAUGAGGAUGGUUCAAUUUGGAGAUGCUGAUGUUAUGGUUGCUGGUGGCACAGAGUCUAGUAUUGAUGCUUUAUCAAUAGCUGGAUUUUGCAGGGCUAGAGCUUUGACUACUAAGUAUAAUUCUUCCCCUGUAGAAGCUUCGCGACCUUUUGACUGUGGUCGGGAUGGAUUUGUGAUAGGUGAAGGUUCUGGUGUCUUGAUAUUAGAGGAACUUGAGCAUGCCAAAAGUCGAGGAGCAAAAAUUUAUGCAGAGGUUCGUGGAUAUGGAAUGUCAGGUGAUGCAUAUCACAUUACUCAACCACAUACUGAUGGAAGAGGUGCCAUUUUGGCUAUGACACGUGCCUUGAAACAAUCUGGUCUGCAUUCUAACCAAGUGGAUUAUGUGAAUGCUCAUGCUACUUCUACACCUUUGGGUGAUGCAAUUGAAGCCAAUGCAAUCAAAUCCAUAUUCGUGGACCAUGCAACGUCGGGUGGCUUGGCCUUUUCCUCCACGAAGGGUGCUGUUGGUCAUCUUCUUGGUGCAGCCGGAGCUGUUGAAGCAAUUUUUACUGUUUUAGCCAUACACAAUGGGAUUGCACCUUUAACACUUAAUGUCACUAAACCUGAUCCCAUUUUUAAUGAUGCUUUCAUGCCUUUGACUGCUUCAAAGGAAAUGCCAGUUAGAGCUGCCUUGUCUAAUUCUUUUGGUUUUGGAGGAACCAAUGCAUCCUUACUUUUUGCAUCCCCUCCUAGAACAGAUUGAUUGGUCAAACUUUCUUGUUCUGUUGGUAUUGGAUGCCAUUUCUUUGAUCUGAUUGCAUCGGCACUUUUCAGAAUCAGAAAUCCAAAAUAUAAAGCUGAUGCAUGAUGGGUCAUUGUGGCAGAAUCUUGUUUAUUUUCUUUUUCUCUUAGUUUAUUGGUAACACUAAACUGCAGAGAAGAAUGUCACUAUGUGAUUGCAGAGAAAUUUUGAGCUUUAGAUUCUUUAAGAUUGACAGUCAGCAAGAGCUACUGCUGCUAUAGAGCAGAGAAAAAUGUUAUGAUGGUUUUGGACCAUCAUCGGUAAGAUUUAUGAUGGUAUUGUUUGAUUAUCGCAUUGAAACUGUAAAUUCAUGAAAGUUGUAGAGAGCAAGGGGUCUGCGCCAUAAAACUUGUGAGAUCUUGUGUUAUACUCAGUUGUCACUGCUUAGUAUUUAUGCGCGUGAUAAGCAUAUAGUUACCAUAAAGAUGGUAUUGAUAUACAGAGGAUUUUUUACUUUGAGAAUUGAUUUUAUGAUAUGGCGUCUGGUUCUAUCCUGACAUUAUCUGGAGCCAAGGACAGCAGUCUAAUUUUGUAGAUGCACAAGUAUGAUGAUCCCGAACACAGUAAAAACAUGCUCCAAUUGCCCAUUCUUGUUGAUAAAGCAAGCAACUUUACAUUUGCAGUCGCCUGAGGAGCAAUAUGAAUCAGUGAUGUGUUUAGGCUACAUCAUGGUGACCAUGAUACAUAGAUUGUGAUGCACUUCCAAACGAGUAGAAUUUGAAUGUCAGGAUAAAUUAGAAGUGACGGGAUGAAUCUGGACCCAAGAAGAACUUCAAAACCUGUCCAAAAAUAAUUUGAAAUCAAUGUAUCCAAACCUGAAUGGGUCAAAACCCUAAACUUAAUAUAA